GGAAAACCCACAAAAAACGAACGCAGCGACAAAACACCUUUAACCCUCUUACAGGCUCCGCGGUAUAGUCGCUACUUUGUGUCAAAAGAUCAACCCGUAAAACUGACAUGGGAAGCUACAGACGUAUGCAAGAUUCAGAUCACUUGUAAUGGAGAUAAAUUUAAUGAGGGAGACGGAAGGGCCGUAAGAGAGACUUGUCAAGCUUGGAAAACUAAGAAGAAGACGAGGACAAUAAAAUUUUCUGAUUUUCCAAGAGGUAGCAGGACCAUGAAUUGUCAGGCUAAAUUCUGGGGGAUAAACUCCACCAAGACGGAGAAGAUAACUUUGACGAAAGUC